AUGCACACGCCCGACGAGGCAUCGGCGACAACCAUACUGGCGGCCAUCCAAGAUACUAUGCAAGAUACCCUCCGAAAUAGCUCCAAAGCCACGGGUCUUAUACUAUCCGGGGACUUCAACCGCCACUAUCCGGCAUGGGGAGGAAACCACAUUCAACCUCGAUUUAUUGAAGACGCCAGCGAGUUGAUCGACUUCUUCUAUACAUACGCCUUACGGGGGUGUCUUCCUCGCGGCAUAUCGACGUUUUGGUCGCUGAGCCACCCGGGGAGAAACUCGACCAUUGACCAGACCGUGACGAAUAGACCCGAUCUCCUCGUUAAAUGCCAUCUCUACCAUGACAACUAUGGCUCGGAUCACCGAGCAAUAUACUCGGCAUGGAGCCUCCGAACACGGCGUAACUCUACCGCCAAGGCACGCAAAGCGUACGACCGAGCCGAUUGGGACAAAAUCGGGAACGAAGUAUAG